AUUUAUUUAUCACUUAGUACCAGAAUCGAAUUUGCCAAUACUAUCCUCAAACACUCCAUGCUCUUCCCUUUUCAUGGAAAGUUGUCCACGUUCUACCCUCAGCCUCAGUUCCCCUCCUACAUACACACCCAACCAAAUAUUAUAUAAACCCUUCCUUGCUCCUUAACAAUUUAUCUCAUCACACAUUGUUCUUCCAACUCUUUCUCUCUCUCUCUCUCUCUCCCCAAAAUAUAUCUUCUUUAUUAUCCUUUGCUUUUCUACCCUUCUAAUAAAAUGGACAAAAACCAGUCGCGUAGGCAGGUUCGUCUCAUGAGGCAGUCCCUCUUUGAUCAGGGAUUUCUGGACGAACAGUUUAUUCAAUUGGAGGAGUUGCAAGAUGACUCUAACCCAAAUUUUGUGGAGGAAAUUGCUACGUCGUACUACCGAGAUUCAUAUAGAUCACUCCAAGCCAUAGAGCUGGCACUAGAGAAGACCCCUCGUGAUUUUAGUAAGUUGGACAGCUACAUGCAUCAGUUCAAGGGAAGUAGCUCAAGCAUCGGAGCCAAAAAAGUAAAAGCUGAGUGCCAACAGUUUAGGGAAUAUUGUAACGCAGGAAAUGGAGAAGGAUGCAUGAGGACUUUCCAAGCAUUGAAGAAAGAGCAUGCAACACUAAAGAAGAGGCUUGAGGCUUAUUUUCAGAUGGCAAGGCAAGCUGGGCCUAUUGAGGCAGCAUGUCGCCCCAAGUGAAGAUAAAAUUAUUAACAGCGAGAGAGAGAGGCAGAGGCUACAAUUAAUAUGAGUGGUUGGUGGAUUUUGUACUAUGUAUGUGUACCAACCUCCGUUUAGAUUAAUGAAGGUGUAUUAGGAGACGUAAUUAGGUAGUUUUGGAUUCUAAUAUCCAUGUAAGCUAUAUUAUAUGUUCAAUGAAAAUGCUAUGCAAUUAAGUUUUUUUCUGCUUGAUUGUCGUGUUUCUUGCCAGAAUAUGAAAUGGG